ACAGAGCCACAUCAAGUGUUUAAAUGCAGCGUGUGAAGCACUCAACAGGCGCAGUAGAUAACCGCAAUGAUUUUGCUCACUCUCUCCACCGAACUCGUUCGCAAUACCGUUAUCACUAACGAGCAAGGUCAAGUUAUUUACAAGACAGAGACUUCUCCAUUCGAACUAGCUGGCGUCCGUACUACGACCAUUCUGAAAAUCAAGCCAAAUGACGACCAGUAUCAGAUGCAAGACCAGUUUGAUGUCUUGGGAGAGAUCGAGUGGCAUGCAUUUGCUUCUUCAAAGUUUCGUUACGAUGGAACUGAAGUAGAGACGAAGGAGUUCAUUCCGAGGAGAAGCUUAUUUAGUCUGGAGCGCUUCUUUGUAGGGCCAGAUGGUCGUCCUUAUCGCUGGGAUCUCCAAUCCAGAGUGGUAGUUCUCACACGGGAUGAUGCGUCUCGAACGGAGGUCGCUCGCUUUCAUAGAGCGACUCUUGGAAUUGUAGGAAGGAAACGUAAAGCCACGCUGGAAGUAUCACCUGAAGUGGCUCAUAUGAUGGAUACUGUCAUAAUGACAUUCAUUUAUGUCGAGAAACUCAGAAAGGACAAUGAAGGAGACUAGAUAUUAGUUGUGGCCGGUCUGGGCACAAGUCUGCGCAGAGGUCUGCUUUUGGUUACAAAGUCUGUAUACCCCUCGAUAGGCUUGGCAAAUUCAAGCGGAGUCAGCCACUCGCAGAUGCGGCUCACCA